AUGGUGCCAGCUCCUUCCUCCAAGUUCGAAGCCUCUUUCGACAACACCCCAUCACAUACUUCUUCCAUAUCUAGGGUGACUCGCUCUGCAACGAAGCUUGCUGCAGAGUCCUCGCCGGCAGCAGCCACCCCCACGAACACCUCGGCCGCUGCUGAACCACGGCCUAAGUCCCGCAAACGCAAGGCUCUCCCAGAUCGCGACUCUAGUCCUGAUAAAGCAGCUGAUACCAACAAUCCUACACCUCCUAGACGAGCAAAGAAGCAAAAGCUAGUGGCCGAGACGUUGUCAACGCCAACGCUUCCAAGGUCUCGUCGACGAGGCACUCAGCAGCCGAUCACCAUGGCAAAACCAGGUCCCUCAUCAGGUAAUACCGGUGAAAAGGAGAAAUCUCCACCCACAAUACCCGAUACGUCUAGGCGAAAAUCGAGUCGAAGCAAGAAGUCUACUCAAGAUCCAGAAUCAUCGUCAUUACCUACUGCUUCCACGAAACGCUCAAAGAAGGCAACCACGAAGAAAACAGAGGACGUCGUGGCGAAGGGCCCAGACGAGACUGCAAAUAAUGACCCCAAACCUAUCGUGGAACCUCCGAGGAACGAAGACUCCAGUGAUGAUGAUGAUGUUGACGGGGAAGCAACGGCCCGGAGAAGAUUUGAUGAGGAAGAUGAUGACGAGGGCGAUCCGUUCCGGGGAGGCUACCUUGGUGGUAACGUACCACACGCCAGCAUGUCGAGCACUUUACGUGCCUUGAGCGGCUACGUUUCUGGUGUGUCACAGCGGCUACGAGACAUCCUGAAUAAUCUGAGGCAGAAGGAUGACCCUUCCGUGCAACUUAUUGCACUGCAAGAGCUCUCGGAAAUCCUCCUUGUCUCGAACGAGGACAACCUAUCAGGCCACUUCUCUCCCGACCAAUUCAUUAAGGAGCUGGUGACCUUGAUGCGGCCAAGCGAAUAUGGAGAAGAAAACCCUGAGAUGAUGCUGCUGGCCUGCCGCUGCAUAGCAAAUCUAAUGGAAGCUUUGCCUCCUUCGACAGCUAAUGUCGUCUAUGGUGGUGCUGUACCUAUACUUUGUGAGAAGCUCUUGGAGAUUCAUUUCAUAGAUCUCGCUGAGCAAGCCCUGAGUACGCUGGAGAAGAUCUCUGUGGAAUUCCCGUCAGCCAUUGUCCGUGAAGGAGGUCUUACUGCGUGUUUGGCUUAUCUCGAUUUCUUCGCCACGAGCACCCAGAGAACCGCUGUGACGACAGCUGCAAAUUGCUGCAAAAACAUUCCGCAAGACUCCUUCCCCGUGAUUAAAGAGGUCAUGCCCGUAUUGCUGAACGUUUUGUCAAGCAGUGAUCAGAAGGUGGUAGAACAAGGAUCCAUAUGUGUCUCGAGGGUUGUUGAGAGCUUCAAGUAUCAGCAAGAUAAGCUGGAGGAGCUUGUGAGCAUUGAUCUACUUAAAGCUAUCCGUCGACUCCUGCAGCCUGGAACCACCAACUUGAUCGGGCCCAACAUACACACUCAGUUCUUGCGGGUACUCUCCAUCAGCGCCCGCGCUAGUCCUCGCUUGUCUGCAGAACUUCUUAAGAUGGGUAUUGUCGAUACUCUGUACCAGAUACUGACUGGGAUAUCACCACCUAGUGGUCUCAAGGAUGUGGCCUCCCAAAUCGACAGUGUUUUCAUCAUGCAAGCUUUGAUCCAUCGUCCACGAGAACAAAUCUCUGAGACCCUCAAUGUCAUCUGUGAACUACUACCUGAAGUUCAGACCGAGAGGCUGUCUUUCCAAGAGGUUUCACAUGACGCAGGUUUAAUAGCUGACGGAACAAUGUCGCACGUCGACCGCGCCUCUAGGAGCUCUCACAACUCCAAGCGAGUCGAACUGCUCAAAGGCUGCAAGGAAGAAUUGAAGCGUUUCGCGAUUGUUCUAUUCCCUACACUCACUGAUGCCUACUCAAGCACUGUCAACCUUGUUGUCCGUCAGAAGGUGCUAUUGGCUCAGCUUAAAAUGGUCUCAAAUCUAGACGCCUCCAUAUUGGAAGACGCUCUUCGCACCGUACCUUACGCUUCUUAUCUUGCAUCGAUACUUUCACAAGAAGAUCACCCCUCGUUGGUGACGUCGGCCUUGAAAGCCUCGGAUCUCCUUCUCAAUCGGUUGUCCUCAAUUUAUGGCUACCAGUUCUAUCGUGAGGGUGUUAUGGCUGAAGUCUCCAAGCUCGCCAGCAAAACUAUGACGACGAUCGAGCAUAAGCCCAAAGUUAUCAGAGCAGAUCCAAACACAGAGCCUACAGGUCUACAGCCUCCUGCUUCCAAAGCUCCCGCGGAGCAACCCAACGACAAAGCUGCAGUUGAUGCGCCCUCUGAAGAUGAUAGUGACCAUGGUGAAGAUGACGAGGACGACGAUGGUAACGAUGAUGACGAUGAUGAGGAACCCCGUGAUAUCCGUGAAGACAUCUCACCCUCCCCGUCUGACUCUUCUUCGUCGAGCCAGAGCUACCCAAUGCACGCUGUUGCCAGUGAUCACGAUCUCAACGUUCUUCGAGCCAAGAAGUUUCUAGAGGUUCACGAGACCGCAGAGGGCAAGACCAUGCGUGACAGAGCAUCCACGAUUUUGGGGGAGCUUACGAAUCUUGCUGCCGAUAUCGAGAAUUGCUAUUCGGUUGACGAGACAUGUGACGGAGCAGAACUCUUCACGAAGCUAUCCAAACACUUCCAGGGAGACGCGUUGGAGACAAUCACGAGCUCCGAGUUGCUACAUUCGGAGAUUGUUCAUGUUCUUUUGGAUGUUUUCAGCAGCUCUGCAGAUAAUAUAAGCGCGAAAGCGAGAACAACAUUCCUAGAAGUUUUCAUGACCGCACCGACUCAGACCUCAACAGUUCAGAGCGUUCCACCAACGCCGUUCAGCGUCCUCGUCCACAAGCUUCAAGAUCUACUCAGCCGUGCGGAACACUUUGAAGUAGUAACAGUGCACCACAACGCACUUGACAAUAACCGUAGCAGUCCAGCUGCGAUGCUAUCAAAGCAGCUGCGCUUGAAGCUCAUGGCUGCUGACGACGAUGCCGAGAUGCCUAGGCCAUACAAGAACCUCAUGAUCUCCAUACACGCUAUUGCUACUUUCAAGGCCCUAGAUGAUUAUUUACGGCCGCGAAUCAGUCUCUCGGAUCGACCGAGGAGCGCUAGACAUCGUGAAGGAGUUUCAAAUGCUUUGGCCGCUUUCGCUGCUGCUGCUGGAAUUCCUAAUCCUCAUCAUAGGCUGGCAGAGCGGGGUGGCACAGCCACUGGGGAUUCACCAGCUCAUCCGACACCGUCUGAUCCUGCUACACCAGCUCGAGCAACACGUAAAGGACCCAAAUCCAAGAACGCACCGGCGGCUUCUGACUCAACUCCGGCGAAAGACAAACCGACAUCUGCACGUCGGUCAAGCCGAAAGCAUCAACCUGCGGAUCAUAGUCCGCCAGACGCGCCUGCUCCAGCUCCUGAACGAAUUCAGAGCCCUUUGGAAUGCGCAGACGAGAGACAGAUCUCUGAUGAAGAUGAUGUCGACGACAGCAGCGCCUUAGAUGCUAUCGUUGACGAUUUGGAAGAUGGUAUAGAAGGCGAACAGGCACCGGAACCUACUGCAGUCAAUAUGGAAAUAGCUUCAACAGGGAAGGUUACCGCUCGAAAAGAAGAUGGGACACGGGUCGCAACUCCAUCCCAAGGUUCUGUAGCAUCGCUGCACGGUCCUCCCUCCGCCCGUAGUCGAGAGUUGCUAGCUGCCGGCAUCAAUUCUUCUUCGUCAGGUCGUGCCAUGUCCUACGCAGCAGCAAUUCAAGCAGUGCCACAGGAUUGGCAUAUUGAAUUCAGCAUCAACGGCCAACCGCUAUCCAACGAAACGACUAUCUAUGGAGCGGUCCUCAACGAUAAGUCAGAGCCCGCAGAUCCUGCUCCGCGCAACAUCUGGUCUGCCAUUCACACCGUGAAUUUCAAGCGAGUACCAGGGCCUCCACCAGCCGAGUCAACCUCCCUGAAAUCGGUCACUGGGGCAAGUGCUACGGCGGAUUCCAGAAUGCCCCCGUCUCUACAUGAGCAUCCAGCUACAUCGACAAUCCUCCGACUACUCAACAUUCUCCACGAGAUGAACGCUAAUUUAGACGAUGUCUUAGAUGAUAGCAAAGCAUGUGUAGAUGUUAAAGCGGAACCAGUCGCUCAAUUUGUCAACACUAAGUUGACAGCGAAGCUCAAUCGUCAGCUUGAAGAGCCCUUGAUCGUUGCAAGCAAUUGUCUGCCUAGCUGGAGUGAGGACCUUGCACGUCUUUAUCCAUUCCUCUUCCCGUUCGAGACGCGGCACUUGUUCCUACAAUCGACGUCUUUUGGUUAUGCACGCUCGAUGACUAGAUGGCAAAAUCAGUCAGCAGAAGAGAAUCGACGAGAGCGACAUCGUGAUGAUCGUCCAUUCAUGGGACGUCUGCAGCGACAGAAAGUCCGCAUAUCCAGAAGCAGAAUGCUCGACUCGGCAAUGAAAGUCAUGGAGCUCUACGGUGGAUCAUCCAGUGUGCUCGAGGUAGAGUACUUUGAAGAGGUCGGGACUGGUCUUGGUCCUACGCUCGAGUUCUACUCCACAGUAUCGAAGGAAUUCUCAAAAAAGAGUACUAAACUUUGGAGAGAGAACGACGCGAACGAGAACGACGAAUAUGCGUUUGGAAAGCUAGGCAUGUUCCCCGCUCCUAUGAAUGCCGAGAAAGCAGAUAGCGAAGCUGGCAAGAAGAUCCUCAACGUGUUUAAGAUGCUUGGCAAAUUCAUUGCAAGAUCCAUGCUCGACUCUAGGAUCAUUGAUGUCUCCCUUAAUCCCACCUUCUUCCGCACUGGUGAUCAGCCUAGCACUGUUCCUUUGUCAUUGGGAGCUGUAAAGACCGUGGACAGCCAUCUUGCGAGGAGCUUGAAGCUUCUAAAGCAAUACGCUAUUGCUAAGAAAGAAAUUGAUGGAACAUCUUACAAAUCGGCGUCCCAGAAGGCCCAGGCCGAACGCAAGGUCGUCAUCAAUGGAGCUCACAUCGAAGACCUCAGCUUGGAUUUUACUCUCCCUGGGUAUCCAGCUAUUGAGUUGCUACCAGACGGUGCUAAUAGGCCCGUGACUCUUGAAAAUGUUGCGUCUUACGUGGAGAAGGUCAUUGAUAUGACUCUCGGCAGCGGCGUGCAACGACAGGUGGAUCAUUUUCGACUGGGAUUCUCGGAGGUAUUCCCCUACACAGCUUUGAAGGCAUUCACGCCGAGUGAACUGGUCAUGCUGUUUGGCCGAGUUGAAGAAGAUUGGAGUAUCGAAACACUGCUUGAUUCGAUCAAGGCAGAUCACGGCUUCAACAUGGAUAGCAAGAGCGUCCGCAACUUACUACAGACCAUGAGUGAGCUCUCAAUGCCCCAACGACGGGACUUUCUCCAGUUCGUCACUGGCAGUCCCAAACUACCUAUAGGUGGUUUCAAGAGCCUUAACCCCAUGUUUACUGUGGUUUGCAAACCGAGCGAACCUCCAUACACGUCUGACGAUUUCUUAAUCUCGGUGAUGACUUGUGCGAACUACGUUAAGCUUCCGGACUACACGAACAUCGAUGUUUUGAGGAAGCGACUUCUGACUGCUAUACAAGAAGGGCAAGGGGCGUUCCAUCUUUCGUGA